AUGUCCCAACUGUAAACUUAGAUUGGUCAACCUGAUAAGUAUAACUUAACAAAUAACCCAUAUGAAUUUGAAGAAGCUUAAAAACUACUUAAAUAAAUGGAACUAGAGUAAAUGAAUCAUAUGGGCAACGAUUACAUUAGGAAAUCAGUGUCAACAGCUAAGAAUGAUUUUGAUAGAAUUAGGAAAGAAUUGCGUAGAAUAUAGAAUUUAAAAGCAGCAGAGAAGUUUAAAAAUAAAGAUCAAUUCGAGAUUAAAUCAUUGAAUUUUUACCCAAUCAGCUAAUUAUUGUUGAACUAAUCUGAUCCAAUUUAAUAGGAAAUGGAGAGAAUCGAAUAGAAAUAGGAAAGAAUGAUUAGAUAAAACAAUAGGUAGCUAGAUAAUGCCAAGCAAGUUGCUCUGGCUUGUGAGGAUGAGGCAAACACGAUCAAAAUUAACCUGGCUGCCUAGUCUGAUAAAAUGCAAAACUCAGUACUUAGAAACCUUAUGAGCAUCUAGGGACAAACAAGCAUAGCAAAUAGGUUACUGACAACGAUUAAAAAAGAGAGACUUAAGAAUAGAAUCAUACUUUACUUAGUGUUUGGUGUAAUCAUAUUAGCUAUCAUAUUCAUUCUCUACAAUAUGAUAUUCUGA